AUGUCCGAGCCCAAGUACCGUGAGUGGAUUCUGGACACAAUCGACUCACUGCGGUCGCGGAAAGCUCGCCCGGAUUUGGAGAGGAUUUGUCGAAUGGUCCGGAGACGACAUGGGUCCGAACCAGACCGAACCUGUGCUGAACUAGAAAAACUGAUUCAAGAGCAAACCGUGCUGAAAGUUAACUACAAGGGCUCCAUCUCGUACAGGAACGCCGCCAAGGUGCAGCGUAGGAGCAGAAAAAAGGACGAUGUAGUAACGACGGCUGGGAGAAGGAGCGCGGCAGAGGAAGCCAGUCACUCAGACUUGAGCAACGGGGACAGUGCUGCUGGUCCUGCUGACCAAGAUGACGAGGAUCUGGAGGCCGAUGCUUCCAUGGCGAUGGACAGUGACAGUAAUGUGGACGAGGCAGAUGAGAGCCGCGAUGGGCAGGAUGGACACUUCUCUACUGUAGCCUCAGUCUCCUCCACCCCUGUGCACUGCCCCCUGGAGCGCGCCGUGUCCGCACCGUGCUCCCCCUCUGGCUCGCGGCCUGUCCCGGGACACAGCUCUGCUUUGGACGCGGUCACUUUGCAGAAGGAUGGCGUGAGGCCCAGCUCCUUGCCUCCCUCCAGCCCCACGGCCCUCACACACAAUGACUGGGUUUAUGAUUCAACUGUCUGUUCAGUGGAGCGCCAGCACCCAGGAAUGCACAAAGACAAAGCGGGGAUCACAAAACCCGUGACGGCAUCUGUAGUGAACAGCGCUUUGAAAGUGAAGAGAGAAGAGAGCUGCAAGGCGGUGGAGGGCCCCGUAACACUGGACCAGUGUGUGCCAGACUAUGCUGCGCGGCCGCAUCAAGAAGAGCCAAGAAAUGUAUCCAACGGACGGCCCAUGACACUCCCUCUGCUUACUGAAAAUGGUACACAAUUUGCCAAGAAAAAGGAUACCGGCACUCCGGUGCCAGUGGAAAGUCAUGUAAACGGGGGAAGCAAUGAUGAUAUUUCAGUGAAGAAGGAGACGAUGAACCCAAAUCUGUUGCAGUGGACUGUGGCUGAUGUGGCCAGUUACUUCUCUGAUGCAGGCUUCCCAGAGCAGGCCAUGGCCUUUCGAUCGCAGGAAAUUGAUGGCAAAUCCCUCCUCCUGAUGCAGCGCAGCGAUGUAUUGACUGGUUUAUCCAUCCGUCUGGGUCCUGCUCUCAAAAUCUACGAGCGCCACGUCAAGGUGCUACAGAGGACACACUUUCUGGAGUUUGAUGAUCUUUGA